CAAAAACAAUUUUUGUUCACAUGAUUCCACACGUACAAUACUUGGCUACUAAGAGGGGCUAGCUAGUCCCCUUAUAAACCCCUAUCCAGCCUGGUCAGAUUUACUCACUUGCAGAAAUUAUUUGCUGCUCCAAUCAGCCAAGGUGUACCGUCUUGGGCAAGCUUGGAGGCACAGCAUGGAGGCACAAUAUUUUGGGCGCUGUGAGUGACUAUAUUUGGUCAUCGUUAUCACGUGGUCGUGUAUCACGUGAUGUUUGUCCUUUGGUUUCACCAAUGCCACAACCUGAUAGUGACGACGAAUUUCCGGACGACAUAGGCCAGCUGGACUUCAGCAAUGUGCCAGGCCUCCAGGAACUUCCAAGCGCAACUUCGAUCAGACCUCUGGAUCAUCCUCCACGCGUUGGUCCCGCCGUACCAGGGCCGCCAUCGCAACCAUCUCCAUCAUCCCUCCCUUCUGAGUACGACUGUGACGAUGAGAUUGACGAAUAUACCCUCGCUGCUUUGGAUGCUCUUGAAGCCCAGUUCGCACAUGAUCGACCUCGACUCGGGGCUUCUCCUUCUACUACUCAGCCAUUGAAUGCUACUUGCUCUGAUGCCCGAAAGCGCGGACCACCAUCACCGCAAUCGUUACCUGCCAGUAAAAAAGGCAAAAUAGUUGCUCAAGACAAGAUCGAGACAACAACCAAUAUACUCGAGGGAUUCGAAAGCGAGAUUAAUUGUCCAAUUUGCUUUGAUAUCAUGGUCGCAGCGCACCUAUGUAAUCCUUGCGGCCACAGCUGCUGUGGAGAAUGCGCUCAAGGGUGGGUCUCUCAGAAUAAAGCGUCUCCAACGUGUGCUGUAUGCCGCGCUGUGUUGUCCACUUCCAAACCACUUCUUCCCAAUUAUACCCUUGAUGCCGUAGUCCAGCAAUAUAUACGUGCUCUUGCCGUCAGCGGACGGUCAGAAUGGCAAGACAAGGGCGGCAAAUUAGCAGAGUGGAGGAAGCGCUACGAAAAAUGGAGGAGUAUCGCCCAAGCAGCGGCAGCGAAGGCGAAAGAAAAUCCUCGUCGUAUACGACGCUAUCAAGGCCCUGUCAUUUCUUACAUGCAACCUCUUGGAACGUAUAUGAUUCGGGAUGUUGAUGUUGAUGAUGAUGAUGAAGAUGAAGAUGAAGACCCAACAUAUGAAGAAGAUGAGCCUGUCGAGAUUCUACCUCACCGAAGAGUACUGAGACGGCAGCGAACGUUCGUCUCAUAGCCUAUCAACAUAUCGUAAAUCGGACCUCAUUCAACAUCCCUCAU